UUAUAUUUAAAAAAGUUUUGUGAAAUAUAUAUACGAAAAGCGAAAUACUAUUUCGUUGGUGUUGUGAAACAAAAAAAGCAAAGUUACAGAUACUCUCUCCCUGCAGAACGCAUCUAAAAAACAAAGCACUGGGACAUCAUUGUUGGGAUAUUUUGCAUGAAAAUUGCAACCAAAAAGAAUCACCCUGCAUGGCUAUACGACAAUGUCCAAUGCUCGCGAGCUGGCAUUGAUCGAGAAAUGGGCUGACAUUGCCACGCCGGCGACGCCACAUCGGCCGACAUUGUCGCCAACAUCGCCGCCAGCUUUACACAGAUCGCUGGUGAAAUUGUGCUGCUGUCCACAGCGAAGGCGUUACAACCUCAAGCAGCCGAAGAAGGUUAAUACGCUGCAUGCCAGAAAUAUAUUCGUCGAUGAUAGCGAAUUCACUUAUAUUGAUGAUGUGCCACGGCGGCGUCGAGAUUGCAGCAGUGAUUUUAGCCACGAUCUUAGCCAAGAUAAAGCGACAUCGUCAGAUACCGAUACAACCAGAGAUGUGGACGAUGAUGAGGCCAAUGAUAUCGCCAAAGACGACGGAAAUGUGGCGCUGAUAUUAAUGAAUCAACGAAAUCUGAACGAACAAUGGCGGCAGGACAACAAAGGCAGCAUUAGCAACAUUCAACUAGCAGCAGCAACUAAAAAUUGCGCUGUCACAAAGAGCCCGCCAAGUGGCAAUGAACAGCAACAGCAGCAGCAGCAGCAUCAGCAGCAGCAACGACAACCAACCCAAAGACUUAGCUUGCAACAGCAGCAACACCAACAGCAACAACAGCAACAGCAAGAGCAACAUAGCAAUAAGGAAAAUACACUAGACAACCAGCAACUGCGCUGUAAUUAUUGUAAAUUACCCGACACCAUCGCCGCCGAGCCCCAAACGAAUAGCAAUAGCAACUCGAAAAUUGAUUCACCCAAGUUGUUGGAGAAUAAAAUGACAAUUACGACAGCAACUGAGACCGAAACAGCAACGGCAACUGGCGAGUGUGGGCUGCCAGCAACAGCAACAGCAGCAGCAGCAGCAACAACAACAGAAGAGUUUGUGGGUGCUGCCACAGAAGUGUUGUGCAGCGAUAAAGCAACAUUGACAGCAGCAGCAACAUCUGAAGUUGCAACUAAGCCCCGCAUUGCAGCGCGUCCCACCACGCCCAGCCGCCUUAAGACUGUGAUCAAAACGACAAUGGUGAAGCGAAGUCCUAGCCAUGACUCAACGGCAACACAUGUGUUGCUGCCGAACAGCUGCAACACCAACAGCAACAGCAGCAGCAACAGCAACAGCAACAGCAACAUUGCAUCUCAUGACGAGCCCAGACGCUCGGUUAGGGAGCGCAUCGCCGCCUUUGCGGCAGGAAAUGAGCCACAGCAGUCGGUGCGUCCUCAUGACAAAGUCAAGAAGUUAACUAAAAUGCAGUGCAAUGGCAAUACAAAUCAAAACAACAUGACAGGCGAUGUGAAGAGUGCAAUUAGCUGUGGCAGCAACAGCAGCAGCAGCAACAGCAGCAGCAGCAGCAACGCACAGCAGCAACAUCAAACGCUUAUCAACGGCAAGGCGACUGUGCCGCCAGCAACAGGAGGAGUUGCUGUUGCAGCAACAUCCGCGGCACCAGCAACAACAACAACAACAACAUGCGGCACGUCAGCAAUCCACGACGCCACUGACGCGACGCGCUACAAAUCGGGAUUAAGUGAUGCGGCGGCCAGCGGAGACGUUGAUGGCCGGCCGACUACACCAGCCGCCGCUCCGAGCGUUUUUAGCACCGGUUGUGCAACGAUGCCGCGAACUCGCCAAUACGGAAGCAUUGCAACUGCAACAGGAGCAACAUCGGUUGCAUCCACAGGAGCAAAUGCAGCCAACACCAUGACAGCUGAUAAGAAAUUCUUGGGACAGACGUCCGCUGUUCCUCAUCAUCAUCUUCAUCAUCCGCAUCAUCCGCAUCAUCCGCAUCAUCAUCAUAAGCUGCAAUUUGUCGAUAAGGCCGACUCCGAACUGGCCGCCUUGGACAAUCUGGAUUUGGCUCAUAGCCUAGACCUGUUGGAUGUCGAUGGUGAGGAUCCAUAUGGAGCCCUGCAGGACUAUUUGGAACGUGUCAAGCGGGAAAUCAACGAGGUCUUCGAGCUGCGCAAGGUCCAGCGCUUGGAGCAACAGCUUCGAGACCAACUGGAAGAGCGACUAUCGCAGUCUGGAGUCCAGCAGCUUGAUGAAUUGUCUCGUUCCACGGAAUCAGAUAGUGGCUUUGACAGCAGCAGCACCACCACCACAGCAACUGCAACUGCAACAUCAACUGCUGCAGCAGCAACAGCAACUGCAACAUCAGCAGCAGCAACAUUGCCGGGCAAACCAGUGACAACUAAACUAAGGGCAUUGUCACCGCCGCCUUUGAGUCCAGUGAAAUCCCUGCCUGCUCCUGCUCCUGGCCAACCGGAUGAUGUCAACAUUUGGGCCUGCAAGUUUCUACGUGAUCUGGACAGUCUGAUGGCCGUCGUUAAGUUGCCACCACAUCUGGCCCAUCUGGCCGGAGUUGGUGGUUCUACUUCCGGUUCCAAUUCCGGCAGCAGUUCACCCAUCUCAAGGACAGCUCCCAUGCUCCUGUCCGCCGCAGCCACAGCGGCCAUUCAGAGUCGUUAUGGCAAAGGCUCAUCCAUCAUGGAGCAGCAGCAGCAGAAUGGACUUGUCUUGAAGCCAGAGAAACACGCCACCAUUCCACUGCAAUCGUUUAACCUUGAUUGCAGACGCAACGAGGCAUCUCCAGCAACCAAAUCGAAUGUUGCCUACAUGCGCACCCUGUCGGCGCCGAAUGGCCAGGGAGGAGGAGCAGGAGGAGCAGGAGGAGCUGCCUCUGCUGUUGGCCAAAGGAAGAGCCUGGCCUGCCCCCCGUUUAAUGGUCUGGGGGAGACGAUAACUCCGUCACCGACACUGACACCGACACCGACAACUCAUAAGCUGACAAAUUUCCAAAGCGCAUUGAAAAUCGAGGAGGCAAAGGCAACGGCAACAGGUGGAUCGCCGGCGACCACCUUGGAGGAUUUGAAAUCUAGGCGACAGCGACAAUUGAGCAGCGGCGACAUGGAAACAAUGCUCCCAGCUCCAACCACAGCCACCAUCAGCAUCAGCUCCCAGCCGAUGUCGAUGCCAAAACGGGUGGGCAUUAAUCAUGCGGCGCUGACGAGUAGAAAUGCUAUAACUCCACCGCCGGCAUCCAUUGCCACAUCCUCGUCCUCAUCGUCACCGGCCUCCUCCUCCUCAUCAUCAUCAUCAUCGCAUCCGGUGGUUAAAGGCCACACCGCCACUCCUGGCUAUCUGGUGGAUGUGACCAAAAAAGGAUCCACAUCGACCAUUUGGACCUCGGAGGAGUCCAUUCUGCGCAGCGUUGGCGCCGUCGAUGAAGACAAUAACUCCACUUCGUCUUCCUCGGCCUGUGAAGAGGCAACGGGUGUGCUGAGCUCUGGGAAAUCGGGCAUCUCUCUGGACUCUUCAGGAUUGGAUAACGAUAAUAAUGAGAGCGGCAUAGGGACGGCAACACCACCCAAGGAUAUGUCCUAUUGGAAGAGCCACCAAAUGCAACACCACCUGCAUCACCACCACCACCACCAUCAUCAUCAUCAUCAUCAUAGGAAUGGAGGAAGCAGUGCCCAGGAUAAUGAGUCUGUGAGCAGUUUGGAGGCACUGCGGAAGAUCAAGUUCCAAAAGAGUGGCUCCGUGGCAUCUUCCGAUGAUCCUGAUCUCCUAGAGGUCCUUAGCCAAUGUGGCAGUGGCGGUGAGGCAGCCAACGAAUCGCAGGAUGACAUGUUGGAUGAGGAAAAGGAUAAGACAGGCAUCAAGUCAGAGCAUUACGAUGAGUGCCAGGAUGAGUUUGGGGUCUGCGAUUGUGACUGCACCGAUGGUGAUGCCAGCAGUGCCAGUGGUGGUGGUGUGACCGCCACUCCCGUAAUCCUACGCAGGAAAUACACCGCUCCACCACCGAUCCUAGUGCCAAGGACUCAACGUAGCCACUCCCUGGAUCAUUACCAUUCCCCACAACAUCUGCAACGACCUUGCAUGAAAAUCCUGCCUAAUUAUCAUCCGGCCACAGCCAUGAAGCACAAGGAACGAGGUCAACUAUCGCUUGUCCUGCGCCAGGAACCCUUUCAAUCUCUACUCUCGCCCUCGGCCACGACGGCCCAUCAGCUGCAUCAUUUCGUGGAGCUGCCAUCGCCCAGCAGUGCCUCACUGCACAGCGGCCUGGGAGACUCCGGUGGCAUCCAGGAGCUGACCACCAAGUCCAACUCGGCGCCGUUGCUGCUCAAGGAGCGCGAGAUGAGCCGGCGAUUCGAUGACUUUGCCGCCCAGCAUUUGACACUGCGCUAUUCUCGUUCACAAAGUGAUCGCUAUUUAGCAGAAAUCGAAGCCGUGGAGGCUUGCAAAUGGCUGAGAGCUGCCGGCUUCCCCCAAUAUGCGCAGAUGUAUGAAGACCAUCAGUUCCCGAUUGAUUUGAAUAAUGUAGCCAAAGAUCACACAAAUCUGGAGAACGAUCAGUUGCAGUCCCUGUAUCGUCGACUUUGUGUCCUUAAUCGCUGUGCCACCAUGCGGCUGGAUCAGUCGCACAAACCGCAGACACCACAGCAAAAGGAAGAAUCAGACGAUGAGAACUUUGCUUUGAGUGAAAACUGGACAUUCCAACCGCACAUUCGUCGCUGGUCAAGGAUCGGUGAGAUGGGCCUGGAAUUGCCGCCGCCAGGACAUCUUAGUUUGAAUGUGGAGAAAACCGAAAGCUCCUCGAAGGAGUCAAGUCCAGAUCGCUUUGAGGACGAAGGCUCUGGCAUAACCCUAAUGAUUCCCGGCUGCAGUAAAGUCAACAGUGGUGGUGCAGCCACCGAUGGCUCCUCUCUGGGCGAUGGCUCCGAUGGAGGUCGCUUGAGGCGAACGGGUAGCGAGCGGUUCAAGGAUGGAGCCAAGGCCUUCCUACGACGCGUCGAGUCCAUCAAGUCACGUCGUCGCAAGCGACAGAAUCGUGAGAAUGUGGUGAUUAGUGGACCCCAGGUCCUUGAUCUUUCCCAGUUGGGUCAACGGAGUAGUCUUCGGAAGAUGCCCGAUGGCGUCUACUCCACCCCGCCCUCACCUUCGGCCCUCAGUCCAAUGCACACAUUCCCCAAGGCUCCGUUCUUUGGCAAUGAACUGAAGGUGCCCAGUCAUAGCGAUAAUUUCCUGAGUCCAAAUCGCGCCAGUCCCAAGCGAACGCCCACCACACCGCGAUCGAUGCGAACGAGUCCCUUGCACUUCUUCUCCAGUCCCAUGUCCCAGCUGAAGGAGGGGAAAUCGGAUGAUUCCUCAUCCUACUACAGUGACAGCCAAGAGUCCUCCGCCGGGGGUAAACUCUCCCUGCGAAAACCCUCCAAGGCCCGUCGAUUCCUGCAACGGUCGGGCAAGGUCGAUGACAUUGGUGCCCAUUCCGAUUCGGAGUGCCAUCAGGGACGAAAGUUGCUCAUCAAGGAUGCCAAUUCCAAUACCACUGAGGUGAAGAUCAAGAAGCUGACACGCGGUGGUUCCCUGAAUUUGGGCAAAGAUCCCAAGAAACGUGAUGGUUUCCGCUCCUCAUCCUUCCGCUCACGCAGCACUUCACGCAAGGAGACCAAGAAUGAGGAGGAAAAUGCUCCGGGAAAUAGUGGUAACUCAUCCAAGCGACAACCUGUGGUGCGUUGGCAUAGUUUCCAAAUGGAGGAGCGUCCGAAUAUGAUAUUCCGCAAAUGUUUCUCCAAGAAAAUUGAGCCACUGCAAGAGGAUCCCAGUGGCAUUCCCUUCGCAGCCAUGUCAGCGGGUCAGCUGCAGAUUAUAAGGAAGUUGGCCUUGGUCACUCUAACUGGACACAUGGAGCGAUAUUGUCCUAGUCAUCGAUCGGGUUGGAAUUGGGAACUGCCCAAGUUUAUUAAGAAGAUCAAGAUGCCGGACUACAAGGAUAAGAAGGUAUUUGGAGUGCCGCUCCUGUUGAUCCUUCAGCGUAGUGGACAGACUCUUCCACUGGCCAUGAGGGCUGCCCUCCGUUGGUUGCAACUCAAUGCCUUGGAUCAGGUGGGAAUUUUCCGUAAGAGUGGUGGAAAAUCAAGGAUUAUUAAGCUGCGGGAACAGAUCGAAGUGAGUGACACCACUGCCGAAUGCAUGGAUGUCUUUGAUCUGCAGCAGGCUUACGAUGUGGCCGAUAUGCUGAAACAGUAUUUCCGCGAGCUACCCGAAUCCCUGCUGACCACCAAAAUGUCCGAGACCUUUGUGGCCAUCUUUCAACAUCUUCCUGCUGAAGUCCGUUUGGAUGCUGUCCAGUGUGCGGUACUCCUUUUGCCCGAUGAGAAUCGUGAAAUCCUCUAUGUCCUUCUCGAAUUCCUCACAAUUGUGGCAGCAAACUCGCAACAGAAUCAAAUGACAAGCAAUAAUCUUGGUGUUUGUCUGGCUCAAUCCAUUUUCCACUCAUCCAUUUCAACGGGUUCGGCUUCCGUUUCCGCUUCACCAAGGAGGAAGGGCAAAGGUUCCGGAAUGCCGGACAUGAAGGAGUUGGCCGAGGCAAAGGCCUCUCAUGAAUGCCUUUCGUUUAUGAUUGAACACUAUAAGCCCAUCUAUACAGCAGCCAAGGAAAAGCUGAGUAAAUGCAACUUUAGCUACAUGGAAGAGUCCAAGCCAGUGCCUUUGGAGGCCUUGGGUGAGGGGAUGCAGUUCCACAAUUGGCGGGGUUACCUGUACGAGUGCACCAGUGCCACCAUUAAAGAGGGUCGCGAAAAAACCCGCGGCUGGUUUAGCAUUAAUUCGCUGAAUGACAGCAAUGUGGACAUUGCCUACAAAAAGGUGGGCGAUGGUCAUCCCCUCCGGCUCUGGCGUUGUUCCACAGAAAUCGAAGGACCACCCAGAGAGGUCCUGGAAUAUAUAAUCAAACAGAGAGCUUCCUGGGAUGCCAAUCUUUUGCAAUGUCAGACAGUAAAAAAACUGGAUGAUCGCACUGAGAUAUAUCAGUAUGCCCUAGAUGGUCAGCUCACCACAGACUUUUGCGUGUUGCGUUCCUGGCAAACGGACUUGCCGCGUGGCGCCUGCGUAAUAGUGGAGACCUCGAUUGAUCAUGCCAAGGCCAAGCCACUUUUUGGGGCUGUAAGGGGCGUGGUUCUUGCCUCUCGAUACCUAAUCGAACCCUGUGGCAGCGGCAGGUCAAGGGUCAUGCAUUUGGCCAGAGUGGAUGUGAAGGGCAAAACACCCGAAUGGUACAAUAAGAACUAUGGACACAUUUGCUCUCAUUACCUGUCCCGCAUUCGAUUGGCCUUCAAACACGUUGCCGAUGGACCCGAAAGCAAAGUCUAAAUAUAAAAUAUAUUUUAAAGAAGAUCGUUGUUUGUCGCAAAACUGAAGCAUUUAUACGUACAAGCAAAAGGAGCUUAACCCAACGAUUGCAAAAAAGAAAACCAUUGAAAAAAACCCAAGGACCACAAAACCAAGAGCUUGAGUUUCACAUCCUGCCUUCAAAAAAUAAAAAUAAAGGUGAAGCCGGACCACAAAAAGAGAGA